AUGAAACAAACAGCUAUAUUUACAAGUUACCUAAGCUGUUUAUGCAUAAAAUUUUGUUCAUCAGGGUCGUGGAGGGCCAGGACUGGCAUCAAGCACAGGUCGCCCUCUUUUCUCCUCAGUGUCUCUAAUUUUCCAUCUUUUAUAUGGACACUUUUGUUUCCUAUCUAGUUGGGUUACAUGGUAGGAAUAUAAUAAAAUAAUUAAACGUCCUUACGAGCAGGUGCUCCCUCAAUCCUUGGAGAUUCAUCUCUUCAUCAACCAAUUGGUCAGCAGUUAGCGGCCAGUGCUGCUUCAGCCAUGGCCAAAGCGCUGGGUGAAGCCCAGACUAGUGGGAUGUCCUCUAGUGGUCCACAAGGUCCGUCUGGGGCUGAUCCUCUGACUCACUAUUUGGCUAAAAUAUCUAGACAUCAACUGUCCCAGGUCAUGACUGAAAUGAAGGUAACAUACAUCUGUUUUCUGCCUUCCACCUCUUAUAGGAACUUUUUUGCAUCAUACCUCACGACAUAUAAUCAAUAUUUAUAAAUUUAUUUGUUUUCAGGCUUUAGCUACACAGAAUGGGCCAUUGGCCCGACAACUGUUGCAAAGUAGUUUGCAGUUGCCAAAGGCUCUCUUCCAGGUAAUUUGUGACGUUUAUUCUUUUUGGGUGGGGGGAAUGUUGUUCCAACAUGUUCCGACAUUAUAGAUUCCAACGCAGCUCAGAAACUGAGCCAUAUCCGAUGAAUAGGGCCAAGUCAAACCUAGUCGGAAUAUGGUUUAUUGGAUAUUUAGAACAUAUCAAGAUUUGUGAGAAGAUAAGGUCACUUCCUUGAAAGAUUAAGUUCAGAGAUAUGUGACAACUGGGUGAUUACGAUGUGAUCAUGCAUCAUGAAUUUCGAAAUUUGGUUUAGCAUGGACCAAAGAGAAUGAUUUCAUUCUGUAGAAGGCUUUUUCUUUCUUUGGGGGAGAGGGGGUAUGCAUUGUAUAGAAUUUCGAAUUUCGAAACUUGUAUCCAAGUUUGCAAAAGAAAUGAUGGCCAUUGAACCCACAUGAGUGGUUCUAGAUGACGAUGUGGACAUCUAGCUACCAGUGAUAGCCCGUGCCCUCAAGUUGGAUAGAGAGGCAACGAAUGAAAUGUGGCAAAUCUAAGAAGGGUUUUGAAAAAACGUGCCAUCAGUUUCUACAUGUCUUCCACUGAAUUUGAUGGAAAAAGUAUGGCACAAUGGCGCAAAGACUGGUUUUAAUGUGUACACUCGAAUAAUCUGUUGAACUAAACGUAGAUUCUCAUCUCUCUUGUUCAUGCAGGCCCAGAUAAUGCUUAACAUGGUGACGCCACAAAUGGUGGGUCCUCUCUUCACCUUAAACGCUAGAAAUACAUCCGGAAAUCAGACAUGUCUAAACCAGACUAAGUUCUUGAUUCUUUAUUCCUCUGCAGCUGCAGAUGCCAAAUCUUCGCCAGCCAUCUCUGGAUGGUCUCGAAGCCCAGAAACCCAUCAUUCCGCCUUUUCAUGGGCAAUCUGUGACGCAGCCUGGAAUUCUGGCCAAGCUGCCGGACGGUCAGGUCUCCGGCCUGGCACAGAGCCAUCUGAUCCCUGUGCAACCUCAGCUUCAGCAUCUGCCGUCGGCCCAGGCUCAACAUCUAUCACAAGCCGUGCUUCUAGGAAAACCUGGGGUCCCAGCGUUUUCUCAGCCGCUCGGAGGGUUAUCCGUCUCUCCGCUGACCUCCGUGGUGACGUCCAAGGGAUUGCUUCAACAGAUACAAACCCCUUCUCUGCAGCAAGACAGACCCAUUGCACCUACAGCAGGAGGGAUCCAUUCAAAUAUCAGCAUUCAACAGCCUCUCUCGGGACGCCUUCCAUCGACCCAGGUUCUCUCGCCUUCCAAGGAAUAUGUUUCUUCCGACCCUAGUGAUACCCUUGCUUAUAGUUUUUGUAUGAUUGGCAGUAUUAUUUCUACUUUUUUUCCAAAGUUAUUGAUCUGAUAACAUUUCAAAGCAGCGAAUUCCAUCGGCACAUAUUCCCGGAGAACAUGGGGCCUAUGCCUCACUUAGCUACGACUCAGCGUGGGGUUCUCAGGCACGCAUGGCUCAAGACGGAGAUCAUCCUUCAAAGCGCCUGAAGUUGGAGGAAGUAACCAGCGCUCCACAAGCCGGCGGCGGUGCUGCUUUUAGAACUAGGGGUGGUCUUGCCCAAGCAGCUGAUACUGGCCUGCCAGCCGCCAGUCAAAUGAUCGGAGCUGAUGGGACACAGCAGCCUGAUAAACAGGCUCUUCAGGUGACUUGAUUUACCCACCAAAUCGUUUUUUUUUUUUUUUCUUGCUAAUGAAUCUUAACAUUAUCUUCAUCUGGGGAGUUCUGAAUCAUGGCUACUUUUGAGGAUUUUCUUAUAAAAUUUUAUUUUCAUCUCUUGAAAAGUUGCAAAAAAAAUAAAAUAAAAUUUAGCAGACCAGGAAACUCUACAAACUUACCAUUCUUGCUCACCUUCUGGGUCGUCUGUUUUCAGCUGCUAAUACCUUUGAAAAUAUUCCUUGUAAUCUCUGAAAAAAAAUCCAAUGUUCACCCUGCUUAUUACUAUUUGAGGGAACUCAUUAAACGGGAAAUUUCCACUGUUCUGCUCGCAGCUUCCGCAGGACAUGCACAAGGUUCUCCUGGAGCAAGUGAAGUCCCUAACGGCAGAGCAGCUGAGCCUCCUCCCUCCGGAGCAACGUCAGCAGGUGAUCGACCUCCAGCAGCGGCUGCGACUGCUGGAAGGGCUGGAUGCUGCCUCGUAG